AUGUCGCAUCUAUCACAAGCAAGUGACUUUAACGCUCGAGCUCUGCCCCCGAAACCUUUCUCUGCGGCUGAUUUACCUGAAGUUCAUGCUGCAUUCAACCUUUGCCUUAGUCUCGAGGCUCGUGCCCCUCUCGUUCCUCUCCCUCAUCGAAAUCAUCCCGCCGUCGUUGUCUGCGCGCGUGUGUUGGGAUUCACUCUUAUAGAAGCCCCGUCUGACGAUGGCCGGGAUCAUAUGGCAAAUUCCAUCAACAGUGGUAAUAACGACAAGACUUUACUCGCCUUGGGCAAGAACUACAUCGAGCGUUUGCUUCGCUCAAAUCUGCAAAGGGGCGAACACCUGCUCCGUCGGAGCAUCCCUCUCGUCCGGAUCUCGAUGAUACGCAGGAGGCUUUGCAAAUACAUUCUCCAGCAAGCAUCUUUGAAUUAUAGCACUGCAAAGCAAGCGGCUCUUGUUCGUGACGGUUUUCAUUGCAUGAUCAAAACACACCUAUAUGAGGACCAGUAUUUCGGACGGAAUGAGUCCACCAUCGUUGCCCAGGAUCCGGAAUGUAAUGUAAGUACCCUCAGGUGCGUCCAUAUACUCCCGGAGGGUCUCAACUCGGAUUUAGGAAGUAUUGAAGUCCCGACUGACAAAUCUAUGAUGUAUAUGUUUGGUAUACAUAUGGAAGAGCUUAAUGGCGCUGGGAUUCAUCGAUUGGAGAACAUCCUCACGUUAAACCCUUCCUUUCGUGACUUUUUUGAUCAGCUGGGUCUGUGGCUUGAAGCUGUGGAUAACCAACCGAACACAUAUACCGUUGUGUCCACUUUAGCUCUACCACUACCCAGCCCCGCUUAUCUAGCUAUUCAUGCUGCUUGUUGUCGUGUCGCUCAUCUGUCGGGAGCUGCUGAGUAUGUGGAAAAGGUUCUUCAGGAGGAAGAAGAGAUUCGCGAACAGGUAGGAAGCAUGUGUGUUCUUGCGGAAGAUGGGUCAUCGAUGGAUCUUCUUGAGCGAUACAUUGCUGUCCAUGUCGUAUAA